AUGCGACACUCUGGGCUUUUCCUUGUUGCUUUUUACAUGACUCGCGACUUCAACUGUUCAACCCGCGACGUGCUACGUCCUGUAAUGGCUACACUCAUUAAACUACCCCCUGAAGUGCUGCGACAGAUCGCGUUGCUUGUCCAUGAUGGUAUUGUGAAGCAUCGCUUCGCAGCAUACGAACCGCCACUGGGUCGAUACGAAUUGAAAGGAAGCAACUUUCGAUACAAUCUAUCCUCUCUACGUCAGGUCAACCGUCUAUUCCAUGAGCUAGUCACGCCAAUUUUGUUCCAGCAUGUCGUAAUCAGCUAUAGUAGUGGCACGCAGCGGCUUCAACAACUGUCAAAGAAUGUUCCACUUCGUCAACUUGUCCGCCGUCUCGAGAUAUGCGUCAAAGUGAGGCCGGUAGAGAACUUUGAAGACUACCUACGAGAGUUGAAGCAAAAUAAGAAGGAAGUUCUGAGAUAUCUUUCGCAGCUGGCCGUCGUUAUCCAUACCACCCUACCGAGGUUCUCCAGCGUCGAGGUCGUUAGGCUCGAUCUUGAGGAUAUGGCGUAUAACCUCGGACUCGAUCCGAAACCUUGGCCACGUCGAUGCUGUUGGGAGGAGGAUACUGCCAAUCUCUUUGAAUCAUUAGCCACGGCCUUGCGCAGGGCUCAGUUGAGAAAGCUGGAUGAACUUGAUCUCACAUUUCCUCUGGCUUACGACUUUGGCUGCUUCCUUGAAGAUGUUGACACAGAUGGUUUUUCAACUAAAGCUCUAUUCAAGACGCUCAAGUACCUCGGAAUUCAUUCGAGUCGAGCUACCGACGAUGGCGAGGGCGUAGAGUUUCGCCAUCUAACGCCGAAUGAAGAGUUCGACAAGUACAUUCGACAACUACUGCACCUCGCGCCAAAUGUCCACUCCCUAGCUCUUAAAGGCUCUGACGUUCUAGUCCUCGACGAUUCUGCUUUCCCUCCUCUACGUCUCCAGUCCUUAAGCCUGCAGAGUCUGUCAGCAACCAGUGGUGCCCUGGCUUCACUGGUCCGACAGUCGCCAGCACUCGAACGAGUCCUCAUGACAGGUGUUUAUCUCGAAUCUGGCGCAUGGAAGGAGAUUCUUGUGCCCCUCACCCAGUCUCCAAUCACGUCCUUCUACAUUGAGACGUGCGGCUAUCAGAUGGAGGGUGCAAGCGCGCAUUUCCGCCCACCUGAUUUUGCAAAUCACCCUGACGCUGCUUAUAUCGAGACCACCGAGACUAGUGACCUCGACGCUUGUGAGGCUGUGUUUGAGCGAGUGCGCGAGAAUAAGAAGCAGAAAUACGGAAGUGACUACAACGAAGUUGCCGACAUAAAACUCAAGGAAGACCAGAGAGAUCUGAUUGAGUUCAAGACAAGGGUCUUGUACCAGUAUUUCAAGAGGCGGUUCAAUGUUGACGAGGCAGCCGAUGCAGAGGCGAGUAGGGAGUCAGAGAGUAUGACUGACAGCGAGUCAGAGGAUUCUGACUUUGUGUGA